GUAGUCCGACUGUUUGUGACAGUGUACCGAACUAUGUUACACACUCCACGUUACGUUUUGUGUUUACGUUUGUGUAUACUCGGCAAGACGCGUUAUUCGUUUUGUUUUUAAACUACGUAAACGUCAAAAAAUUUUCAAAACACCGUCACCGCAACCCCUUCUGCGCACUUCUAGGUCACCCUCGUGACUAUUUCGAACUGAUAAGUGAUUCUAUUUUGAACUUUUUUCCCAGUUUUUCACGUUGUGUUCGCUGAAAAUUUGGUGUAGCUGUUUUACAACAAUUUUUUUUCAAAUGGUUUCAUCCGAUUCUUAUUUGAAACUCCACGAAAAGAACAUUUCCACAAUGAAGAUGAGAACGUAAAAAAGAGGCGUGUAAGUAGCACACGCUCUCAAGAUGACUGUUGUUUGGAAACUUCACUAUGACUCCUAUCUCCUCAUCCAACUUUUAUUAUGGCUCCAUUUUUUGACCAACUCAUGUCAAGCAUGGCUUCCAGACAGUGGAUCGAAGCUAGUCAAUAAUCUAAAGCAAAUAUCCAGUUCCAGUAUUAAGUUCACGGGUAAUUUAACACAUCCAGACCAAUUCGUCAUCUUGAAUCAAGAUGAGCACUCAAUCCUGCUCGGUGGAAGGAACAAGGUGUACAAUCUUAGCAUAUAUGAUUUCAAUGAGAGGAUACAGUCAAGGAUUGAAUGGCCAUCUUCAGAAGCCCAUAAUCAACUGUGCUUUUUGAAGGGAAAAACUGAAGAUGAUUGCCAAAACUAUAUUAGGAUCCUGUACCGACCAGAGCCUGGUAAACUGGUUAUAUGCGGUACCAAUUCGUACAAACCACGAUGCAGAGAGUACCUCGAAGAGCCUAACGGACAGUAUAAAAAAGAAAGGGAAUUCGAAGGGAUAGGAAUAUGUCCCUACAACCCAGAUCAUAAUAGUUCAACAGUAUUCAGCGAUAACCAACUAUACUCAGCAACUGUAGCAGAUUUUUCUGGAGGCGAUCCUAUCAUAUAUAGAGAUCCUCAACGUACAGAACAACUGGACCUCAAACAAUUGAAUGCUCCACAUUUCGUUAGCACUGUGCCUUAUGGAGAGCACAUCUACUUUUUCUUCAGGGAAACUGCUGUUGAAUAUAUGAACUGUGGAAAGAUUAUUUACUCGAGAGUGGCAAGGGUUUGUAAAAACGACCAAGGUGGACCACAUCAGAUGACAGAUAGAUGGACAUCAUUCCUAAAGUCACGAUUGAACUGUUCUGUUCCUGGAGAAUAUCCCUUCUAUUUUGAUGAGAUACAGUCGACAAGCGAAAUCAUCAAUGGCAGUUAUGGUUCCGGUGGUACGAAAAAUAUUAUUUAUGGUACACUCACAACACCAAAUAAUGCCAUUGGCGGAUCUGCAAUAUGUGUAUAUAACAUGGAUGAUAUAAUUAGCGCCUUUCAGGGAAGUUUCAAACAUCAGGAAGAUUUGAAUUCCAAUUGGCUCCCUCUAUCAAACAGCCAAGUGCCUAAACCUAGACCUGGUGAAUGCGUUCCAAACAGCAGAACCUUAUCAGAAAGGAAUGUGAAUUUCAUCAAAACACAUUCUCUGAUGGAAGAAGCAGUGCCAGUCUAUUUCGGCAGACCAAUUUUAAUAAGGGUCAGCUUACAAUAUAGGUUUACUGUGAUCAGUGUGGACCCCCAAGUACAAACUACAGAUAAUGAAGCAUUCGAUAUUCUUUACAUUGGAACCGAUGACGGAAGGGUGUUGAAGGUCGUCAAUAUACCAAAUGAAGAAGCUGCGAAAGCUGUAGUCAUUUCUGAGAACAAUGUCCUGCCCCAUGGGACCCCCAUUAAACAAAUCAAACUCACACCAGAUGGCGGGAAAAUUAUAGUAGUUGGUAGAGAUGAAAUAAGAUUGGUUGAUUUGAACCAGUGCAAAAACGUCGACACUUGCAGCGCAUGUGUUGACCUUCAAGAUCCCCAUUGUGGAUGGGAUGCCAAACAGAAAGCAUGUGUUCCCUUGAAUACUGUUACAUUAAGAAGGUAUAUCAUACAAGAUGUCAGGCAAGGAGACAAGAGCAAAUGCAGUUGGACCCCUCCAACAGAGAAAGUACAAUCCCGCAAACCAAUCUCGGGCAAUGAAGCCGAUAUUCUUCUCCCUGAAACAGACAAAGAUCAAGAUCUCUACCCAUCUGUUAGAAAUAGUGAUGAAGAAGAAAUUCCUGAUUGUACAAAUGAUAUUGAAGGUUGCGCUGUUAAGCAGAAAAUCGCUGGAGAAACACAAACUCUUCAUCUUAUUAUUGUUGGAGCUUGUAUUGGAGCUUUGAUAGUUGGAUUUAUAUCUGGGUUCUUCUUCUCUAGACGAUUUCGAUCGCCUAGUGCUUAUCACGAUCCGCCAUUUUUUGAACAACAUAACCAUCUAGAAAGAUUGAGCGGAAACCAGAAUUUUUUACCCCCACGUCCGAAUAAAACUGUGAAUUUGGUGUUGAAUGUUCGCAGUCCAUCUCCCCCCUUGAAAAAGGACAAUCUAGACGUUAGCAAGGAUCUCAACAUCGCUAAUGAUGGAACGCUGCAGAAGAUCAAGAAGACAUAUAUUUGAGAAUAAAGGGUGUUCUUCAUGUUUUUGUACCUGUGUGCCUCAAUUGGAAAAAUUGAAUUGAGUUUUCUUCGGACGUCGUUUUGAUGACUCGUGAUCUUAUAAAAUGUCUUUUAAACUCGUGACCGAACUAUGGGUUGGUCGCAAAAAUGGGAAUGAUCUACAUAUAAAGCAUUUAUUGUAUAUUCAGUUCUGCACUUUAUAUCGUAAAUUCAAAGUAUUCUAUAUAUUUCAUUUUAUGAGAUAGGUGUUGUCAUUCCUGUUAGUUUCGUCCUUUCUUUUCAAAGGCAAAUUAUUUUUAUUUGUACAUAGCGUAUAUUUUUUUAUUUCUCCAAUUUUUUGUAAAUACGCGCCUCGCUGUAUAUAGACUAAAACAGUUAUUCUUUCAACUACAUUUUCUAUGAUCUCCCACAUAAGCAUAUUGUCCAUUUUCUUUCGGAAUAAAUUCAAAUUUAUAUAUAUUGAUGCCUUUGCACAAUAUUCCAUGUUUUGCUGAUAUUAUUUUUAUUUGCAUGCUCAAAAAUUCAAUUCAAUUAAGUUAGAAGGCUAAAAAUGCUCAAUUCGAAUAUAUUUUCAUGAAAAUUAUUGUACACUAGGUAUUUUUUUUUAAGUAAUAAGCGAUCUACUUCCUUCUAGAAAUGCGAAAAUGUCACAUCUAAUCUGAACAAUUUUUUUUAAUGUAUGAUAAACCCUUCGGACAGACUCCAUUGUUUAUCGCUGAGUUUUUGCCAAGUGUCCCUUUCUAAAAUCAAAUAACAGGGUGCCUUUUAUUUGUGUCGAUGUUAUAAAAAUAGUUGUUGUGGCUUCAGUAAAAUUAAAAAGAGAUUUUGAUAAGAGAUUGUAUGAAGUCUAUAUUUUGUUACAAUUUAAAAUUUCAACAUAAAGCCAGUUUGGGAUAUUACGAAACUAUAUAUUUAUGGAGUAAAUUAAAAUGCCAAAUAUCUCUAUUUUGAAGAAGUUUACAAAUACAAGAUCAAGAUCUGUAUUAUAAAAAUGAAAUUUUCUUUAUAUGCUGUAUUUCUGUCCGUUUGGCUGUGAAAUUUUUUCCAAAAUCAAUCAACUUUGCCUUCUUCAUAGUGCCUAAUUCGAAACAGUUACAUGUUUUAAAAGUAGUUAAAAUUUUGUACACUACAAUAAAAUGUAGCAGUAAAGUAAGAACUGCAAUUACAUUCCAUAAAUCUUUUAUUGGAGUAUUAUGUAAGUAAUGAAAUAAAAUUUAUACCAAUUA